UCCAUCUACAGCGUGCGCCGCCCGCUGCUGGCGCGAACCCACGUCCAGGGCCGCGUCUACAACUUCCUGGAGCGCCCGACCGGCUGGAAGUGCUUCGUCUACCACUUCACCGUCUUCCUCAUUGUGCUGGUCUGCCUCGUCUUCAGUGUGCUCUCCACCAUCGAGCAGUAUGCCGCGCUGGCCACCGGGACCCUCUUCUGGAUGGAAAUCGUGCUGGUGGUCUUCUUCGGCACCGAGUACGUAGUGCGCCUGUGGUCGGCUGGCUGCCGCAGCAAGUACGUGGGCGUCUGGGGGCGACUGCGCUUCGCCCGCAAGCCCAUCUCCAUCAUCGAUCUCAUUGUGGUUGUGGCCUCCAUGGUGGUCCUGUGUGUGGGAUCCAAGGGACAAGUGUUUGCUACCUCGGCCAUCAGGGGCAUCCGCUUCUUGCAAAUCCUGCGCAUGUUGCACGUGGACCGGCAGGGCGGCACCUGGAGACUGCUGGGCUCUGUGGUCUUCAUUCAUCGGCAGGAGCUGAUCACCACCCUGUACAUCGGCUUCCUGGGCCUGAUCUUCUCCUCGUACUUCGUGUACCUGGCCGAGAAGGACGCGAUCAACGAAUCUGGCCGCGUGGAGUUCGGCAGCUAUGCGGAUGCGCUGUGGUGGGGCGUGGUCACGGUCACCACCAUUGGCUAUGGGGACAAGGUACCCCAGACAUGGAUCGGAAAAACCAUCGCCUCCUGCUUCUCCGUCUUUGCCAUCUCCUUCUUCGCGCUGCCUGCGGGUAUCCUCGGCUCCGGCUUCGCCCUCAAGGUCCAGCAGAAACAGAGGCAAAAGCACUUCAACCGGCAGAUCCCAGCGGCUGCCUCCCUCAUUCAGACGGCAUGGAGAUGUUACGCGGCCGAGAACCCCGACUCCUCCACGUGGAAGAUCUACGUGCGCAGGCCUGCCCGCGGCCACGCCGUGCUGUCCCCCAGCCCCAAGCCCAAGAAGUCCGUCAUGGUGAAGAAGAAGAAGUCCAAGCUGGAGCGUGAGGACGGGCUGAGCCCGGGGGGCGACAAGACGCUGUGCAUCCCACAGAUCACCUGCGACGCAGCCUGCGAGGAGCGCAGGCCUGACCACAGCGCCCUGGAUGGCUUCGACCCCAGCGUGAGGAAGAGCCCCACGCUGCUGGACGUGAGCAUGGCCCACUUCAUGCGAACCAACAGCUUCACUGAGGAUGUGGACCUGGAGGGGGAGACCCUGCUGACCCCCAUUACCCACGUCUCACAGCUCCGAGAGCAUCACCGGGUCACCAUCAAGGUCAUCCGACGCAUGCAGUACUUUGUGGCCAAGAAGAAAUUCCAGCAAGCUCGGAAGCCAUACGACGUGCGUGACGUCAUUGAGCAGUAUUCUCAGGGCCACCUCAACCUCAUGGUGCGCAUUAAGGAGCUGCAGAGAAGGCUGGACCAGUCCAUCGGGAAGCCCUCCUUCUUUAUCUCCGUCUCAGAAAAGAACAAAGAUCGUGGUAAUAAUACCAUCGGUGCCCGCCUGAACCGGAUGGAAGACAAGGUGACUCAGCUGGACCAGAGGCUCCUGCUCAUCACGGACCUGCUCCAGCAGCUGCUUGCCCUGCAGGCUGGAGGCCCCCCUGGAGGAGGCGGUGGCUGCACCGCCCAGCAAGAGCUCCACCUGCCCAGCAGCUCACUCCCCACCUACGAACAGCUGACCGUGCCCCGCAGGGCCGCCGAUGAGGGGUCCUGAUGAGGGCCCAGGAGGGCCGGCGGGUCCAGAGGGGUGUCGAGGAGGAGCUGGGACACCCCGGGCAGGGUGGUGCCCUAGAAGGUCCAGGAGGCCAAGCCCGGGAGGGUCACAGGCCCGGGCUGGGGUGGAGGCUGGCAGGUCCAAGCCUGUCGCCCCAGUCCCUGUUCCCAUGGUGCUGUGUGCUGGCCAGUGCACAGGGAUGGGGGCCGGGGCUGCUCUCCCCUGGGCUGGGGGCACCUGGCAGGCAGUGGUUGGGAUACGGAGCAGUGUGGGCCAGGGCCGGUCACCCUGGAUGUCUCCAGAAGCUUCACAAGAGACUCAGAGAGUCAACCUGGCAUCCUCUUUGGGGGUCCUUGAACCCAGAACCCAGAGCAGACAGGGGUCUCUCAAUGAAGUCAGCUGUCCCACUCAGUUCCUUCCCAGGACUCUCAGGAGAUGCCCACCUGGGCUGGAGAGACAGAUGUCCGAGCUACCUCCUCCCUGGAGGGCCUGGCCCCACCCCCUCAGAGAGACGGCUCUGAGUCCCAUUCUAUAUGAUGAGCGCUAGACAGGUACACGGACCCUGAGCCCAGCCCAGCCGGGAACCAGGGCUGCCCUGGGCAGGGACCCUCUGGUAUCACAGAACUCCGGGUGAUCAUGUGAUUUUACACGGUGUGGUGUUGGUUCAUGGGGUGGGAUCCCUAAUAAAUGGGAGAAUCACG